UAGUCAGCAGUCAUUUCAACACAAGCACCAACUGUUCCGACUCCCUUGCUGUCCUGUGGUUCCUGUAGUGGUCAUGCAAUACUAGAUCAGACUUUUGAUUCUCUCAUAAUGCGGUAACAAUACACCAGUUACAGCGGACAAUGAGCCAUAAUCCGAUAACUUUAACAAGAACGGUGUAGGCUAUACGUAGCUUGGAAACCAUGAUUCUAACUGGUAGGCUAUACAUUAAGCCAGUAGCAAAUUUAGCCAAACAUCGUAUGGUUUGUGCACACCAUAUUUUCUUUAAAAAAAAAAGUGUUUUUUUAUGUUAAAUUAAUUAUUUUUAAUCGUGAAUCGCCGAACUGUAUACGUCAUUUAUUUGACUUAUACUUUAGUUAUUUAUUGUUCUAUACAAUUAUGGAAGGACACAUGGAUCUAUGAAGGUAUUCGAAUUAUUUUGCAUGUUAACGUUGAUACAUGUAGUCAGAUGUUCGCCACUCGCUGUCCGGACGAAUCCGAAGAGGUUUCAUCAGCGGUGCCCUCGCAGCAUUGGCCAGCAUCAGAUGUGAGUCUACAUUGGUAGCAGCUCAGGUGGUGAGGAAAAAACAUGUCUGUCUCAUCUUGAACAGCAAAAAAAAAUAGGUUUACCAUGCAGUGAUAAAAUGCCUAAAAUGAUAUGGGUCUUUCAUGCUACCUAAUCGAUGCCUUUUUCGGCAAUGCGUUGGGGGAUGCUAGACAGACCGUAAUUUCUGUCCCGGGAUAAAAUUGCUACCGCGGCACACACACGUCUCAGAUAAACCCGGGCUCUCGAGCGGACUCUGAAUAUGGCCACCAUGAGGAUUCUAACAGCUGCCGGACUGUUCUUGGCCUUCUGCGCUCUGGGACUAUUGACGAUGGCCAUAAGCACGGACUACUGGUAUGAGACUGAUGCGAGGCGGCACAGAGAAAGAUGCAAAAAAUACGCCAGUAAAAGGAUUGACCCUGGAUUUAUUUAUAUUUCAAACCAAAACCUCCCUUUGCGGAUGCAUCCAAAUGUAAAUGGUGUUGAAAGGACGAAGACCACUGAAGGGGCUCAUUUGCGGGUUAGACGGGAAUCUAUAGCUCCAGCUGCAGUCAUAGAAUCCCGUUGCAGUCGGCGUUUCAACUCGACUGUAACCGGAUUGUGGAGAAAGUGUCACCGCGAAGGCUUCGAUUUAGAAAAUGAGGAUCUUAUAUUCAAAGGUCUACUUCAGCGCUGCAUCCCAGUCAAGUACUACUACUCCUCAGCCAACGUCCCUCGUGACCUGCCCCUCAACAUCACCAAGACCAUACGCCAGGACGAGUGGCACGCUCUGCAUUUGCAGAGAAUGACUGCUGGCUUCAUAGGGAUGGCUGUGUCCAUCAUCCUGUUUGGCUGGAUGGUAGGACUUCUGGGCUGCUGCAACCAGAACGAGCUGAUGCAGUAUGUAGCUGGCCUGCUGUUUUUAAUGGGAGGAACAUGCUGCAUCAUCUCGUUGUGCACAUGUGUCGCGGGGAUUAACUUCCAACUCUCCCGUUACCCGCGCGGCGUCUACGGGCUCCCUGAGGACAUCAGCCACGGCUACGGCUGGUCCAUGUUCAGUGCGUGGGGCGGCCUGGGCCUCACGCUGCUGGCUGGCUUCCUCUGCACGCUGGCUCCCUCACUGCACACGGCUCCACCCACCGCCACACACAAGCCCAGGCAGGAGAACGGCAUUGUGUGACAGACAGACAGACAGGCAGGCAGACAGACAGACAGACAGACAGACAGACAGAGGAGCGACCCAAAGCAUCACGGCCCUGCAGUCAUCCCCACUGCCUAAAAAGGCAAAGAACCCCCCCCCUUCCCCCUGAGCACAAGAGGAAAACGUAAAGAGUGACUUUGACUCUCUCAGACAAGGAGAGACUGACGUGGUCAGAGCAGAACAUGUAAAUCUGGGCGGGCGUCGGGUCCACUGGGGCUGCUCUUGGCAAAGUGA